AUGCCAUCACUUCGUGUGGGGAGUCGCCUAAGGACUUACAAGCCAGGGCUCGAUCGAGUUGAAGCUUGGCCGGUCGAGUUGAGGAACUCGACCGGUUGGUCGAGUGGACGGUCGAGCUGGUCUUCAAGAUGGCUUCUCCCUUCUUCCUUUGCGUGUCCAGUUGAGCUGCUUCCAUGUGCCAAGUCCCUCCAUGCUCCUCAUUACAUCAGAAGGCCAUUCCUAGCUACUGCAGGAGCUAUAAUAGAUGUCAAGAAUGGAAAGAUUGACUUGCAUCUUGGAGAUAUAGUGAUGAAUUUCGAGGUAAACAAGUCCAUGGAGAAACCAACUGUAGAUGGUCAAGCUUUUUGGAUUGGAGAGCUCGCAGAGACAAGAGAAGAAGUGCUGGAUGAACUCCUUCUUAUUGAUCCCUUGGAGCUAGCUUUGACAAAGGCUGAAAUGAGUAUGGAUACAUGGAAAGAGAAGCUCAAUGCUUAG